AUGGGAUUUGACCUCUGGUGGGGAAGACGUCAUGCAAGGGGGAAGGGUAGUAGUUCGGGGGCAUCCCAACAAAUUGAAACACAAACAUUAACCGAACCGCACGCUGGCAGUCUAGCACGUCCCUCGUCAGAAAUUGCUUCCGACAGGGUCCAAUAUGGCCUCACGAAACCUGCCAAGACUGACAAAGAAAAAACGGGGCAUGAUUGGAAGGAAUCUUGGAAGUGGGAAGCUGCGGCUGCUACUCUAAGUGUGAUCGGGCUUGGCCUUCUGAUAGGAUUUCUCUUCAAAGUUCACGACACUCCAUAUGCGGAUUGGCAAUAUACGGCUUCACCUAAUACGGUCGUAUCUAUUAUUGUCACUAUUUCCAAGGCAGCACUCCUUGUCCCGGUAUCAGGAUGUCUUAGCCAGCUGAAAUGGAAUCGGUAUCGCGAUUCCGUGCCACUGUAUGAUAUGCAAGCCAUUGACCAGGCGAGUCGGGGGCCCUGGGGCGCGUUGGAGCUUCUCUGGAUAGGUAUCCCACGACUCAGAAUGGAUGCUCUAACCCUCGUCGGGGCAUUCAUGACCGUGCUAGCAGUUGCAAUAGAUCCAUUCUCGCAGCAGAUCUUGGCAUUCCCAUCGCAUAAAGUUCACGUAUUUAACGAAAGCGCGUUAAUUCAAGCUGCGCAUAGAUACGUGUAUCAGCAGAAACUCUACAUCAACCACGAACAUUCCGGCUCACUAGCCCCGUCGAUGUUGAGUUCGAUGAUCAGUGGAUUAGCACAAACGAACAGCCCUCUUGCGCCACAGUGCAGCUCAGGGAUAUGCAAGUUCCCAGAGUUUAUCACUAUUGGAGUCUGUAGCUACUGUGAGGAUAUCACUAGCAAAGUGAAUCAGAUCUGUCAUCAAUCGGAAUUUCUGCAAGAUGGUGAGGAAAGUGCAGUACAGCAACCCCAUGUGAGUUGCAUAUACAAACCUCCAAGUGGACUAGAAAUCGCUACGGACGCGACUGGUCUCACCAAGGAACAAGACUCCAAUGAAGUCUCGUUGAAUCACUGGGGCACCUACCCACAAAGCCGCACCUCGAUGACCGGGGUUCAAAAGCCCAUCUUUUCUUUCGUUGCGGCCAACCAGUCCACUCGGGUCUGGUAUGUUCCCGAAAACGUGACUCUACCUCCACCGAAGCCGUUGUUCACCGAUUGUGUGUUUUAUUACUGCGAAAGGAAAUACGCGUCCAGUCAUUACUUGGCUAAUGAUCGUGCCAGCCACUCUGCCAAUGUGACUCAGACACAACCACUCCUUCCCAGUGACGAUACCACUCUAUAUAGAUCAGAUUAUGUUUAUAUUCUCCAACCGCCGGAUGGCCAAACAGCGUUGUCUGGCCGUUCACCAUAUAUGAUUGAUGCAUAUACCUUUCUGUCUAUCCCAAGUGUGAUGAGGAAGCUCUUCAACACAACCACUGGCAGCGGCGCUUACUGGGAUGACUUCGACAAUGAAUCGACAGGGCUAAAUCUGGAGCCCAUUCUGCGCGAGGCUGAUCUGAGGGAGCUCUUACAAUCAAUGUCCACUAGUAUGACAGAUGUUUUAAGGGCAAACCCUGAAGCCGAAAAGGUUCCAGGACGGGCCUUUCGAGUUGAGACUUAUAUCCACGUCCGGUGGCCGUGGAUCGUUCUUCUGGUAUGCGCCGUCUUGGGAUCCCUCGUCCUACUUUUAAGGACUGCCACCGUGAGCAAACGACAACACGCGAAAGUUUGGAAGGCUUCGAUUAUUCCAUUGCUGACGAGCCGAUUGGAUCUUCAGCCUGAAAAUGAAAUUGCGGCGCUGGAAAGUCUAGACGACAUACAUCAUAUGUCCAAGAAGACUAAUGUUAUGAUCAAUCCGGAUGAGCGGCAGUUAGUGCUUACUGAGCAAUAA